CCUUGACAGGGGCUGCAAAUUAUUCAGUAUUUCAUUUGAUAUUAUUUUAUUUUUUCAGACAAAGAGGAAAGCUUAUGUAGUUUUCUGCCUCAUGUAUACAACUCACUUGGCUGGCUUUGGAUAUCUCAUACCUUGCCAUGAGAAAGUUUGUGUUUGGGAGAUGUUUGUAAGAGUUGUUCUUCAUGCAAAAAAGGUUGGCCAUGCCUCCCAAUUGUCCUUUGCAAAAGUUCCCCAUUUCCAUCACUAUAAUGCUCUACUUAUUUGGAAAGUAGACAUUUCCAAGUGUUAUAUUUUUUCUGUCUGUCUCCCAGUUUAAAUUCCUGAGUAGAGAAACAAUAGUGCUGAGGAAGUUUCUUGUUAUUGUAUUACUUCAGAUCCAUUUUUAAACACAAAAGGGAAGUGAACAAAGUUUGGGGAGUCACACAAAAUGGGUAGAAGUUACAGACCCAAGAUUCCCUCUUUAUUCUAUUCUAUUAUUGCAUAUUUCAUUUAUUAUUCUAAUACACUGCUUCAAGAUCUCUUUGCAUAGUAAUUCGUAUUAAGGCAGCUAUUUCUUUGAUCUCGGUGGUCAUCAUUACCUGAAAAAGAUUUGUUUUCAUCCUAGUGUUUUAUUGUCUCACAGGUUAGUUUGAUGGCCUUAUAUGAACAGAGGACUGGACACGUAGGGACAUAGAUGAUAGAUAGAUAGUUUGAUACAGUAGACAUCUUUACUUCAAAUUACGCAGUUACUGAAUGUAAAACUAUUGCAUCAGCCACUUCCUUCGAGAUCUACCAAGUGUUCAUGUAAACUAAAAUUUAAUGUUUGGAGCAUUAAGUGGCUUUCUUUUCAUGAAAAGCUGUUGCAAUAAUGCUGUAAUGAGUUAUGGGGCAGUGUCUUCCACCCCCGUCUCCCCUGGUGAUACCUUAAACUUAUUUAUUAACUGCUCAAAGUCGAAAAGCAUUUUCUUAGUACAGAAAUGACAGUUUGCAGAAGGGGAGAAAGAGUUUGCUGGUAAACGGAUGUAUUAGCAUGUUUCCAAACCACAAAGGAAAUUGAGAAGUAGGCUUGAAGUUUCUGUUUCAAACAAGAAAACUUUGCAACAAGUUGCAAAGCAGGAACUGGUUCGAAAUAUCAGCCAUUGCAUCCAGAUCUACUCGGAACCAUGAGUAACGGCACAGCUAACAAGAUGAAUGGAGCUUUGGAUCAUUCAGACCAACCAGACCCAGAUGCCAUUAAGAUGUUUGUUGGACAAAUCCCCCGUUCGUGGUCAGAAAAGGAGCUAAAAGAACUUUUUGAGCCUUACGGAGCUGUCUACCAGAUCAACGUUCUCCGAGAUCGGAGUCAGAACCCUCCCCAAAGCAAAGGUUGUUGUUUCGUAACAUUUUAUACAAGAAAAGCUGCACUUGAGGCACAGAAUGCACUGCACAAUAUUAAAACUUUACCUGGGAUGCAUCAUCCCAUUCAGAUGAAACCUGCAGAUAGUGAAAAGUCCAACGCCGUGGAAGACAGAAAAUUGUUCAUAGGCAUGGUUUCGAAGAAGUGUAAUGAGAACGAUAUCAGGGUGAUGUUUUCUCCGUUUGGCCAGAUAGAAGAAUGCCGAAUCCUCCGGGGACCAGAUGGGCUGAGCAGAGUGCCCAGCCUCAAUAUGGAGUCUAGCAGAGGCUGUGCGUUUGUCACGUUUUCGACAAGGGCAAUGGCACAGAAUGCAAUCAAAGCCAUGCACCAGUCUCAGACCAUGGAGGGUUGUUCUUCACCAAUAGUCGUGAAGUUUGCUGACACCCAAAAGGACAAGGAGCAGAGACGUUUACAACAGCAGUUGGCACAACAAAUGCAACAGCUCAACACUGCCACCUGGGGGAAUCUUACAGGUCUUGGAGGACUUACGCCACAGUACCUGGCUAGAUUAGACAUUAAUAUGGAUUUACAGCAUCGACUCUGGGGACCUUCAUUCCAACACCAGGCAGAAGCAAGAGACUGUAUAAAUCUUCUGCAGCAAGCGACCUCCUCCAGCAACUUGGGUGCCUUCAGCGGCAUUCAACAAAUGGCUGUUCCCCUUUGUGUUUCCUCUGCAGGAAUGAAUGCUUUACAGUUACAGAAUCUGGCAACCCUAGCAGCUGCUGCUGCCGCCGCCCAGACCUCAGCUACCACCACCAAUGCCAACCCUCUCACCACAACAACCGGUGCCCUCGGUGCCCUCACGAGUCCAGUGGCUGCAUCAACGGCAAAUUCCACAGCUGGGGCAGCCAUGAAUUCUUUGACUUCUCUGGGGACUCUCCAAGGACUGGCAGGAGCCACUGUUGGAUUGAAUAAUAUUAAUGCACUAGCAGGUACCGUAAACAUUGCAUGUGGAACUCAAAAUCUGGGCCACUGUAGGCCGAGGACGACAAUAUACCUCCCAGAACAACAGAGGCUGGGGAAUGUUGCUCAAAUGCUCUCAGGUAUGGCCGCCCUGAACGGAGGACUUGGUGCGACAGGCUUGACGAAUGGUACAGCUGGCACAAUGGAUGCCCUCACCCAAGCCUACUCAGGAAUCCAGCAGUACGCCGCUGCGGCACUGCCGACGCUGUACAGUCAAAGUUUGUUACAACAACAAAGUGCUGCAGGCAGCCAGAAAGAAGGUCCAGAAGGAGCCAACCUUUUCAUUUAUCACCUCCCGCAGGAGUUUGGAGACCAGGACAUUCUGCAGAUGUUCAUGCCUUUUGGGAAUGUUAUCUCUGCUAAGGUCUUCAUUGACAAACAGACCAAUCUGAGCAAAUGUUUUGGUUUUGUUAGCUACGACAAUCCUGUCUCUGCACAAGCUGCUAUACAGGCGAUGAAUGGCUUUCAGAUUGGCAUGAAACGCUUGAAAGUUCAACUGAAGCGCUCCAAAAAUGACAGCAAACCUUACUGAUCCUUACCCCCAGAAGCUUACUGCUAUUAAUUUAGAUUUCUUAGGGUAAGUCCCUUGAGCGAACCCACCUUCCCUUUGUCGUGGUGGGGGGCCUUGAGAAAAAGACCGUAACAACACAUUGCCGACCACCGCCAAAAGACCGCUGUUUUGACAAGACUGCUUCCAUUUUCCCCAACAGCCAAUAAAGGAAAUUUGGUGACCCCAACCGAAUAAGUACCAAAUUAUGUACUUUCGAUAUUUGUCUUCAUUUUUUUUCUAAAAAGAUUAAUUGUCCUUCAAAAGAAAAUCUGCACAUUUCCCUGAAAUAUUAUUAAAUGAAAUUGUCAAGAAAAUAAAAUGGGGAUAAUGAAAGCAGUUGGACGUCUGGACCUAGACUUAUCCAAAUGGCACCAGCAAUUUAUAGGAUAAUACAGUGGCCCUGGGCCAGGAAAGGAAUUCAUUAAGAAAUGAUACCAAUUCUUUUUCAUUCAGUUUGUUUCUUAUUAAGGGGCUUGAAUAAUUUUUUUUUGUUCUUAGGGUUUCAGAUUGACGUUAUGUUAUAUUAUCCUGUUAAACACUGGUCGUCUUGAUAUAUUUCACCUGUUGGUUUUAUUUUUUAUUUCCGAUUUAUUUUUUAUGUUCUUAGGAGGUUUUUUUUUAUUUUCAGAGCUAGUGUAAAAACAAAAAAGACAUCUGUUUCUAAAGCUACAGGGUUUAAAAUAAAUCAAAAGAGUGACAAUACUUGAUGUUUCUUGAGAGAUAUACAUUUAAUAAUAAUAAUAAUAAUAACGAUAAUAAUAAUAAAUAAUAAAUAAUAAUAAUAGAUAACAAAAGAAAGCCACAGGCCUGUAAAUUUUAUUUGUAAAAAGCAUUUCUAUUUUUAUACAAAAAUUUUUACUGCCUCAGAAAUAAUGGAAGUUAUUUAUUGCCUAUUGUUAACUUAUUGGAUAACUAAAGAGCAACUCUUUCCGCUAGCUAGAUCCUUUUGAAGUAGUCUCGAGAGUAUAUGUGCCAAGAAUGGGUGCUUUUUCACUGUUGAAUCCUACAUCUUUUAUGGUUCAUACUUUUAUAUCCUCCUGUUUGUAGUUUUGUCUGGUUGACUUUGUUUGUAAUUUCCAUUAUCUAGUUUAAAGUUGAGUCGUCUUGGACUAUCCUUUCUCUUUCCCGCUACCCUUCCCAACUCUCCCCUACGCCACAACGUUUUCCUUUUGUUCCAUUUGUUGAAACCUUUCCCCUCCGUCCCCGACUUUUCCUCCCCAAAUGAAACAGAAAUCCAUCUUCUCUAACUCCUUAUGGAUGGAUUCCUUUUUUGGGGUCCCCUCAUUGUGCCGUCGUUGUCGACCAAGUGUACAGUUAAUGCAAAUUGCGCAAAUGGCUGAGAGUCUAAUGAUGAAAGAUUUGCAUUAGUUUUUCUCCUGCACCCAUUAAAAAGUGAUUUUUGUUUUCUGCUGCAUAGAUUCUCCGUAACUUUUUUUCCUCUUCCUUGUUUUUCCCUAGACAUCUUCAUGCCCGUUAGCUCAUCGUUUGCCUAGCAUGUCCCUGUGGCGUCUUAAAAAAAAGUUUCAUCGUCCCGUCAUUGUUUCUGAUGUCUUUCUGACCUCACAUCAUAAUUUGGUUCUCCUACUGACCUUUGAUCUUAUAGUUUGAACCUUUCGAAAUUUUGCAUGUGACCUCAUCUAGCUAUACGAAUUCUGGGAAGUCAAUGUGAAAAGCAUUGCUGCAUUUAUGCAAGGUUGAAAUUUAUUAGUAGUCAAAAAUUAAGGAUAGGGUUAUUAAACACACACACACACACACAACCUGUGGCAAAAUGUUUUGUUAGGGCUUUUAUUUGUUCCUUUUCCUUGUUUUAUUAUUUUGUUUCCUUUUUCGUUUUUUUUGUGUUUUGAAAAAAUAUAUAAAACAGACUUGAAAGUAUUAUACAGAGAUUGGCAUUCUGGCUGGUCACUGAUGACAAUAGCAAUAUGUGUCCAGAGGCACAGAAUGUUGGUUUCUACCAGACUACUUCCAAAACAGUUUGAAAUGAAGAACUGUCUGAUUUUAAGUCUCUAGAGGUCUGUAAUAGUUUUUACAUUUUUCAGGCAGUGUAAAGUUUUUUGAUAAGGCCAUUUUAGGUGGCUCACUUUCUCAUUAAGAAUAUAUAUAUAGAACCACUUUUUUGUAGAUUAGUAUAACGAGAAAAAAUAAAUAAAAUAAAAUAAAUUUACCCUGUUUUAGGGCAAAUGCUACCUAUUUGUGUCACCUUUUGCUGAACUGACUCACAAGUUAGACAAUCCAUGAAUUAAUGCACAUGAAAAUUACCUAUAUUUUAUACUGUUUCAAUGUACAGGAGAAAGGUUACUGUAAGCUGUCGUUCCAUUGGUGCUUCUGUGAAUUCAGUUGUGGUUUCAUCCUGGGUCCUUUGGUCUUUAAGUGUUCUGUGUUUAUAAACAAAGAGGUUUGAAAUUGGUUUUUACUUGAACAUCGACAACAGAACAAACAAAAAAACGAAUUUCAAAAAACAAAAAAAGAAGUUUGCUUAAAAUUUAAAAAAAUAAAUAAAUAAGAAGGGUUUCAUGUGAAAAAUAAAAACUAUUCCAGACUAAGUUUGUGUUGGCUUCCGUGACGCAUUGGUGUCGAUUUUUCUUUCCAAUUCUUAUUGUGGACAAUUUAGAAGUGUUUGUGUUCAGCAAAAUGUGAUCAGUUUUUCUUUUCUUUUAAAGAAAUAAUAAUAAAAAAGAAAUCAGUGGGAAAAAAAUCUUAGUGCCAAACUUCAAAGGUACUUUUUUUCUUCUUCCUAGAGUUUCAGUGUGUUUCUUGUGUGAAGUAAUUUGAUAACAUGGGUAUUUUACUAUGUGUUUUGUAUAAAUCCCUAAUAUUUAAAGGAAAAGAGGUUAAAACAGUUUGUUAACUUGCUAUCCUGUGGUCUUGUUGCCUGAAAUUGUUGUUGUUUGUUAUUUCUCUUGGAUGUUUUUUGUAAAACAUUGUACAAGUGCCCAUGUUUCACUUUUCUAACCACUCUGCACAUCCGCGCUGUGAAAGCAAACCUCACAAUGUAAUUUCUUCAUAAUGUAUGGAAACCUCUAAGGUGAGAAAGUUUUGAACUUUUAACCCUUUCCACCCAGAGCUGUCUUGAGUGUUAAUACUUUUAUACAUUCACCAUUUUGCUGUUUAUUUUUAUAUAUACAUAUAUAUAUAUCUAUAGCUAUAAAUAUAUAUAUACUUAAUUUUUGUGGUUUAUUUAAUACAUGGUUGAAAUCAGAAAAAUGCACAGGGCCGACCUGAAGGACAAAAAAAAAAUAUUUUACUGCUGUCUAAAUUUCUUCUGUAUCUAUAACUUAAAAAAAAUAUUUAAAUUAGUAAUUGUAGAUCUCCUUUUUAGGUCUUUGGUUUUUUUGUCUUUUCUUAAAAAGAGCUUUUAAUAUGCUGCUGGGAAAAUGCUAUUCAGUAUUAAUAAAAUAAAAUAAUAAUUCUUUAAUUAUGUAUUGUACGACCACUCCUAGACAGGAGAGGUAAACCCACGAUUUGAAAUCCAUUGAGGAAAAAAAAUAUUUUUGUAACGAAAUAAAAUGAACUUUUGCUUAAAAUCCAAUGCACUAGAACUUCCUGGAUGAAACUUUAUUGUGCACUGCAGUUAAAACUAUGUUUUAUGGAUGAGGUUUACACAUGUCGUAUGCUUUGAUGUGUUAUCUGCCGUUACCUGUAAUAUAUUGAUCCAGCACUAAUAGAUAUUUAAAAGUAGGUGUGGCAAUAUCUUUUGUUAACCUGAUUUCUGUUGAUAAGGGAACAUGCAGACUUUUGAAUUGCAGCAAAUUCUUGGAAAGGCAAAAAAAAGGGAAUGCAGUUAGAUUACCUAGCUUGGAUGCCAAUAAGGCAGACAUAAACUAGGCACCUUUCCUGGAGAAAGGGCUUCAAUGUCCCGGUGGAUGAGCUAUUUAGGCCAAGCAGCAGUAGACCCUGGGGAAGCAAAGGCUUGGAAGAUCUACUGUAUAUACUCAUGUAUAAGUCUAGACAUUUUAGUCAAAAAAUCAACUCCCAAAACCUGGUUGACUUAUCCAUUGGUCAAUGUAAAUAUUGUACCUGAACUAUUACCAAAAAGGAGAAACCAUCCCCUUCUCUGAGAAGGGGCAAAAGAUGGGAGCUUUGCCCAAUCCAGAAGAACCUAAAAGAAGCACCAACCCACUUGACUCUUUCUUCUGUGAUGCUUCUUACGGACUUUUUUUGAAUGCUUAGGUGGGAAAAUGGUGGCAGUGGGUCCUUGUUGCUUCCUCACAAAUGAGGUGCUGAGAUAAUAAAAAGGAUCAGUGCUUCCUUUAGGUUUUCCUGACAUGGACAAAGCUGUUACCUUUCACCACUCUACUCAAAGAAGCAAAUGGUUCCUUUUCUGAUAAGAGUUACCUGUAUGUUCAUAUAUAAGUCUAGGAAUUUUAGUAAAAAAGGCAGCACCAAAAACUCAAGUAGACUUAUCCAUGGGUCACUGUUAGUGGAGUACCUUAAUUCGCUAAGUCCAUCCCAGGCAAGCCUAAAAGCAUCACCGACCUUGUCAUAGAAUCAUAGAAUCGUAGAGUUGGAAGAGACCUCGUGGGCCAUCCAGUCCAACCCCCUGCAAGAAGCAGGAAAAUCUCAACCUUGUCAACCUUUUCAUGCAUUUUUGAAUAGGUGAAAUGGUAGCUAAUGGCAGCAAGCAUCCAGAGGUGACAUUGGUACUUUCCUCUCUUUGCAGAAUGGCCCCCAAUUUAUCAUAUCAAAGCCUUUAAUUUUGGCACUAAAACCUACCUUCAGCUACUACAUGAGCUUGAGAUACGUAAAUAGGUAAAGGUAAAGGUUUUCCCCUGAUGUUAAGUCCAGUCGUUUCCGACUCUGGGGGUUGGUGCUCAUCUCCAUUUCCAAGCCGAAGAGCCGGCAUUGUCCGUAGACACCUCCAGUGUCAUGUGGCCGGCAUGACUGCAUGGAGUGCCGUUACCUUCCCACCGGAGCAGUACCUAUUGAUCUACUCACAUUGGCAUGUUUUCGAACUGCUAGGUUGGCAGGAGCUGGAGCUAGCAGUGGCCGCUCAUGCCGAUCCCGGGGUUUGAACCUGGGACCUACGUAAAUACCAUACCUUAACUAUUAUCUAAAAUGGAAUCAUCCCCUUCUGUGAGUAGAGGGGCAAAAGGCCUUUUUGGAUGUCUAACUAGUAAAAUGGGAGUAGCACUGCCCAAGAGCGGCUGGCUCCAAGGCAGGACUGGCACCUUCCUCUGCCUGAAGAACAACCUUCAACCGAUCAAUGGGUUCUGCCCUUGACCUAUAAAUGAAGUCAACUUAUACAUGAGUAUGUACAGUAUCUGUAGGGCAGAACAAACUCAGCAGAAAUCACCCAGAGCAAGCAAUAUAGAGGAAAAAUACACUUUCAUCUGAAUGUAGCAAAUUCCAUUGAACUUCAGCAGUAGUUCUGGAAUUAUUUUGACAACAGACCUCCACAAACAGGCAGUUUAUGUGAUUCGUUUUUUUAAUAAAGAAAAUUGUGCCCUUGGCAUUUAAAAUCAUGGUGUGGAGGGAAAGCUGCUCAAAGAAAGAAGCACAAAGUGUCUUACUGGACAAAUAAACGCCACCGGGAAUGUCUGAACAACACCCUUUCUAGAUGUUUGGGUCAAUGCAGUUCAGUGUUAUUAUGCUGUCAUUUUGGAGACAUGUUCUUAAUGUGCCAUAGGGUUGCAGUCAUUUAAAAACACUGCCUGUCAUACCCUUUUGACUUUGGACAUACUGUUUGUGUUUUCCUUGCAGUAGAUAUAGAAAAUGUGAAGGACAGAUAACACUUUCCUAAACAUGCAAAAUCUAUGUAUCAGGGAACUGCCAUUAAUCAGGGCCUACCUGGCUUGUGUGCUUUAAUGUUCAGAGAUCCACACCUGCCAUUCAUAUAUUUUAAUAAAUUUGCCAUGGAAUUGGUGAUGUAGCAAAAGCAGAUUGCGACCUCUUUGUGAAGUGGAUAUCUGAUCUAGCUCUCUGUAACAACGAAAACAAUACAUUCACAAUCCAUUUGGCACUGUUGUUCACUUAAUCAAUAGCAACAGAUUUCCAUUUGCUAGACAUUAGACAGAUAUUUUUGGCACAACUCAGAAACUCGCAUGUUCCCUCAACAGAAAGUCAUUUAAUCCAAAGGUAUCGCCUUAUCUAUUUCAUGUCUCUGAUUCUCUAUUGUGACAAUAUUAAGGGUACAGGCCUUCAAAUGUUUACCAUGGAAAAUGUGUUUUGCAAGGGAUGGGUGGCAAUUACACAGCCCACUUAGAGGUUUUUUGACUGCAACUCUCUCUUGACUUUGCUAUCUAGAUCAGAUGGGAACUGUAGUCCAACAAGGCUGGGUGAUUGCCACCUCGACACAGAAGGAUUCUAUGAAUCCUCAGUGUUUGCAGAACAUAUCCGAGAAAACAGAAGAGAGAAAGAAAGAGAAAGAGAUAACCCUUCACUGCCUUUUCUAAAAGUUGGAUUGGAUAGCAUUCUUACUCAGAAACCAAAUUUGGGCCAUCUGUACUGGCAAGUAAAACCCUUUCCAAGCCAAUACAUUUCAGCAGCCUUUUAUGCUUCUGAUAAAAAGUCACUCCCUUGUGUCUAUUCCUCUUUGGUUUCAUUCAAAACACCUCCAAACUUUUUCCUUCCCUUUAAUCCCCCUCGUAAAUUAUCUGUUUAAAUUACAGAUGAUCUUCAUACCCCCUCCCUUGCUUUAAAAAGAUUGCUUUCUAGAGAAGCCCUGGGGUGGAAAGGACUAGAAUCCAAAUGAUGUAAAAAAAUAUAUAAAAUUUUUAAAAAAGGUUUCUUAUAGCACACACACUCACAGUGUAGGUAAAAUGUUCUGUAUUACUCUCGUGUUUUUACUACUGCUGGGGCCUUCCUGAACCUUUUGAGGGCUAUUUUGUACUUCUUGCAGCAAUUCUUUUGCCUACAGAAUUAUUACAUGCACAGAUACAUGAUAGGAGACCAUCAUUAUGGGUUUUUCCCCCCGAGACGUAUUCUUGUUUGUUGCUUAAAUUUCCAAAAAAACCCCCCAAUAGACAAGAAAACCCAACCUGAGAUCAUGUGUGAUAUAGGAGGACAUCAACUGUUCUGCUCGCAUAUAUAUAGCCUGCUUUGGAGCCCCAUGUGAGCCCUCCAAAACAGCAGCAAUGUAUGAUUGAUUACACCGAUGUAGAGUACAGUCCUCCCUCCACAUUUGCAGUUUUGAUUUUUGUGGGUUUUAUUAUUUAUGGAUUGGACUAAAAUAUUAUCUCUAGGGAUCUCUAGGUCCACCAGUAUGACUCUAUAGUCCACAUCCUCCUACCAUUCUAGAGGACCUCGAUGUUUCUAGAUUAGUGGUUCUCGACCUGUGGGUCCCCAGGUAUUUUGGCCUACAAUUCCCAGAAAUCCCAGUCAGUUUACCAACUGUUAGGAUUUCUGCAAGUUGAAGGCCAAAACAUCUGGGGACCCACAGGUUGAGAACCACUGUCCUAAAGGGAAUCUCUGGUUUGUCUAAUGCAAUUUUGUAGUCAGCUUCCACCAGAAGUUGGCCUUAGAAUUGUGCCAGAAGACCUAGCAAUUCCUUUAUUCGUGUUUUUUUGCUUUCAUAGGGUGUCCUAGGCCUCCCAACCCAAGUGAAUAUGGAGGGUGGACUGUAAUUCAUGCCAACAGCUGGCGCUAAAUUCCUUAUUCUUAGAAACCCUUAACAAUUGCACCAGGUAUCCCUUUUCUUCUUGUUCAAGUUUGACUUUAAAAUAAAUAAAUAAAUAAAUGAAAAUCAACUAUCUCAGUCCUUAGGAAUAAAAUCAGGGAUCCAAAUAAGGGAAAUGCAUAUGGGGAAAUCAGUAAAGCUGAAGCUUUGCCAGAUAGUUGCCUUUCUCAGUUCACCCUGCUAAGAGAGUAGCUGACAUGGCAUUAGGAACCAUCUUUUGCAGGUGGUUACAGUCUCACAAAAUAGGGAUUUUCUUUACUAAUGCACUGAACUCGCUUGCCUGCACAACUUUAAAAAAUAAAAUUCAGAUAAUUUAUCAUCCACUAGGUUAUGGAAUAUCGAAUACUAGGGGUGGGGGAAAGCUGCAAGAAUACAAAGGGCUUAAGAACAGAGGAAGAGGGGGGAAGAAAUAAACAAGGUGAAUUUGCUUAUCAAAAUUCAACUCCAAAAGCACAAAAUAUAGUAGUAGUUUUCCCAACCAAAUUGGCUCACAUCAACAAAAUGGCCAUCUUCAAAAGGAGUAACAAGUUCAUCUUUCUUUCACCAUAGGGGUUAAUAAUUAUUCCUUGGCUUUUGCUACUCUCUGGAAUCAUUUCACUGUUUCUGUUCUGAUUAACUUAAGUGCUAAUUAACAAAAGAGAGGAGUUUUUUUAAAAGAAAAAAUAAAUAAAACAAAAAACCUGUAGUUUCAUUACCUUUCUGAUCAAUGUCAUAACAAUAACAACAACAAAAUAACCCUGUGUACCUGGGCAGGGGUGGGAGUGGGGUAUUUGUGGUGUGAGAAAUUGUUGUUUGUAGAUUAAUAAGAAUUCUCUUUUAGUUGAGAAUGUCAAAAACAUAGGGCAUGAGCCACUCAUGCUUUGGGUGGAAACUCCAUGUGCAGAGGAUUCCCAUUGACUCAAUUGAGCUCUAUUUCACUCCCUAUAGACCAGCCAUGGGCAAACUUGGUCCCUCCAGGUGUUUUGGACUUCAACUUCCACAAUUCCUAACAGCCUACCGGCUGUUAGGAAUUGUGGAAGUUGAAGUCCAAAACACCUGGAGGGACCAAGUUUGCCCAUGGCUGGUCUAUAGACUCUUGUUUCCCAUAUGCCAUUCCAGUCCUGCAUUUUUGCCCAAUGGAAAUUACUUAUGCACAAGUAACUUAUGCCAGGAAAAAGGUUUUAUUGGCAUAUGGGAUGUAUGUUCACUUUAUAUGUGCUGCAAAAAACCUGGUGACUGGAGUAAUAGGGUUGACUUGAAGACCAUGUGAAUCCUCCAGAUAUGGAUCCCAAACCCAUGGGUGAAAUGGACGUUGCCCUAAGUUUUUGUAACUUUUUAAAGUUUUGUCAGAGAAAAGCCAAAGUUACUGCAAUGUAGUGGAAAACUGUAAGACCAUUUGAGUAUUGUUUCUGUUUUGUUGAUGCAUUUGGAUUUUGCUGUUUGAUGGAAUUUGAGCCAAAAAAAACAAAACACAAAACACAAAAAAAGAAACCCACAGGCUUUCCUAUUUCUAAAACUUGAUUGUACUUAUGCAUUUUGUACCAGUGGAAUUUUUUAUACUGGAGAUUUUAAAAAAUGGAAAAAAAUAAUGGUGGCUUCCUCUUGUGAGCCCCCAGGUCGUGGCUGAUUUUCACGUUUGAUUUCCAGUUGGUAGGAAGAAACGUUGGUUUUGUUUAGAGAGUUUAAAAACAAACAAACAAAGAAACAAACUUUGGCUUGGUUUAAUUCUUUCCCUUUGCUUAUAUUUAGUGUUUAGAAUUUUGUCUUUAAAACAAGCGGUAAGUUUUACUUUUUAUUCUGUAUUGUGCAGUUACACAAUAUUAAAAAAAUAAAUUAGAAUUUAGGAGUACACAGUCACUUUACGUGGAUAAAUGUAUUAGUUAAAAUAGGGGUUUGCUUUUUUGCUGUUUAGAUCAAAAAGUUUUUUCUGAUUCUUCUGUCUUCAUUGUGAACAUAACCGUGUAGUUGAAACAGUCAAACUUAUUUUUGUAACGUAUGUUAUUGUGUGAUGCAGUUUUUUGCUUCUGUCUCCAAUAUUAAACCAUUUUCCUAAUACUUGUCUCUCUUUCUCUCUGUGUGUUGUAAUGUUGGUGGUCAUUCCGUGUUGGUAAUACAUCUGCACACCUCACUGUUUCACGUCCCUGUUGAUUUUUUUUCUAUCUGUUGUGUACAAAGAUACAGUCGAUUCCAACUAAGUGAACCUCUGAUUGGAGAGUGAAUGCAGAUUUGUAGAAAUCCUUCGUCUAUUUUGCCUCCCCUUUCCUCACCCUCCCCACGCUAGCUGCCUUUUUGAACAUUUUCAUGAUAUAAGCAAGUGGUCAUUUUUAAUUACUAGCACACAAUCAUAUUUGGAGAUCCCCCUUUUUUGAAGAAAAAAAACACAUACACAUUUUCUUAAAAGAUAAAUCACAAGUAAAUAAUUUACUCCGAUCAAUGUCCCUAAAGCUAUGUGCAAUUGCUUUGCAGGGGCAUUUUAAGUAUUUCGAUGGGAUCAGAGAGAGGAAAAUGUUGGUGUUACUUCGGAACUACUCAGUGCUCUGACAGGAUUUGGAACUAGAUCUCCAGUUCUCAUCACACUAGAGUGUGAAUCCACCUUAAAUCCACGUUCUGCCUUCAGAAUUCUGGGCUUUGUAGUUUGAUGAGGCCCAGGACCUGACUGAUUGGAUUUAAAGUGAAUCCAAGCUCUAGUGUAAUGAGGUCCUUGAACUCAUGGUCUUAACUAUCGGUGGGAUUGAUCCCAAACCCACCCAGUGAACAACCUCGUUCUAGUUGUGUGAGCUCAGGGAGAACUUUAAAUGAUUGAUUCUAGUGUAAGCUAUUUUAAAGUAAGAACAGCAAUACUACAGUUGCUCAACUGGAAUGUUUUGAUCUUAGCACAUGAGGCAGAAAUAUUUCAAUGAUGGGAAAUUUAAAAAAUACAGAUUUCUAAGGAGGAAAGGCGAGUACAGUUUGCCUUCCACAACUACAGGUUUAAACUCUGUGGAUUUGAUUAUUCACAGCUUUGAUAUGUUUUCACUAGGAAUCUCUAAGUUGGUGGUUCUCAGCCUGUGGGUCCCCAGAUGUUUUGGCCUUCAACUCCCAGAAAUCCUAACAGCUGGUAAACUGGCUGGGGUUUCUGGGAGUUGUAGGCCAAAACACCUGGUGACUCACAGGUUGAGAACCACUGCUCUAAGUCCUUCAAGUUGACUUCCAGGAGAAGAUCUACACCUCUAACCACCACAAUAAUGGAGGGCCUCCAGUGCUUUACUGUUUAGCUCCCUCUUUUUUUAUCAAAGAAAACUAACAUUCUGCCCAAAACUCUUACAAAUUCUAUCAUCCCUUCCUCAACCCUUGACUGUGGUGGGAUUGAUCUUGUUACUGUUGAAUCGAUACAUCAAGUUUGUCAAUCCGUCAGGAGGAGGAGGGGCUAUGCAGAGAGAGGAAGUUCGACCCCCAUGUUCUCUGGGACUCAAGCCAUACAUCCAUCCCUUUGUUCCAACUCAGGAAUCAAAGCCCACUCAAAAGUGCUCUUACAAAAUGGAGUCCACAGAUUUCCUGCUUUUUUUUUUCCUUUCCCCUGCUAGGAAGUGCUCUGGUAGCCUUUUCAGAUAGGAAGCAUUGCACCCCGGGCGUUGCGGCAACUAUUUUUGGGCAGUCCACGUGGGGACCUGGUUUUACUUUUCCUCCAUUUACAGAGCUUGCGUCCCAAGCUUCUGUCUGUGGGUUUCCAAGAUGGUGCCAAUUGCCGUCCUCCUUUCCUUUGGGCCUGUUCUUGAUGCCUGUUAUGUGGCUUUGCCGGUGCCUGCCUCCCGCAAUCCCACUCCCUGGUAUAUGUUUUCCAAGUACCUCAUCAGUGCAGCUGCAUCAUGUGGCCGCAUCCCGUGAUGCAACUGUGUGCCUGCUAUGUCAUAAAAAUGUAGACCCUCUCGUUACAAAACAGAAAGGAAAAGAAAAACUGGGAAUGAGAUCACCUUCCCAGGAAGACUGCAUGAGCCUUAAUUGUGACAAGUGCUGACAUUUUACUGCAACGUAAAAAUUGCAAGGGAUUUCUUUUAAAAGAAAGGAAAACCAAAUCUGCUUGAUAAACUUUUUCAGCCAACUAGUGCAACCAAAAGCUCAGAACAGAAUUGGAAACAAUAUCAUUCAGAAUUAAUAGAGUGGCAGACACGCAUGGGGCAUUAUGGGUCCAAAUCCCACCGUAACUAUUAAGUGGUUUGUGGCCAAGGCAUUCAUUGUUUCUCAGCUGCAUAUUACAUUUGUGAUUUAUGAAUUAUAAAAUAAACUGCAUGGGCCAGUUUACACAGUGAUAUAUCCUGGUAUAUACAUCUGCUGAGGUCAUGUCAAAAUCUUACUGAUAUAUUCAAAUGGAGAAGCAGAGUUUGAAAUGAAUUGAGGGUCACCAACCUUACAGAAUGUCAGGGACUUUCAAUUAUUAUUUAUUUCUAAUUUACAUUGCUUGCCAAAGGACAUUCAAAGUGUCUUUACAAAAAAAUGUGCCUUGCUAUUAUCCCAGGAUAAGUGAAUGUGUAAACAAUACCACCAUGGUUUAUCUCUUUCCUUAAGAAACACUGAUAUGGCGAAGUAGUCAGGAUAGUUAUCCAGCAUGCUUGACUGAGAGCAAGUUCUCAUGUCUCAAAGGGAAGCAAGACAAUGCUCAAAAAGCAUGACUUUUCAGCUACACUGCACAACAUGUGAGUCGACAACCUGAAUGCAGCCCGCCAGCAAUAUAUUUGUGGCUUGUCAGAGAGCCGACAACUGGCUCGUUUUCAUAAAGGUGUCCUCAGCAAGUUGAAAAAAAAAAACACACUUUUGGCCAUCACCUAGCAGGUGGUCUUUAUUUGCCCACUUUUGUUGACUCAGCCAACAUGGGCAUCUUCUAAGUAGGUUACAACCUAAAGGAAGAGGGUUGCAAAUACAUAUUCAAAAACAUCAUCUCAGCAAAUGCACCACAUUUGCUAAGAUAACAAAUGAGAACAACACCAGUUCUCCACUCAAAAUUACUCAUCGGCUAGUUUUACCCCUAAGCAGACUUAAUGUGGUCAAAUUUGGAGCUCAGCUUGGGAAAAUAGUAUUUUAAAUGGCUUGGGAGCAGAUCUGUAAGGAGCAAAAGAAGAAGAGUUAAGUGCUCCCGUCACACCCAUACAUUCUCCCAUGGAUUCAUCUUUGCAUCCGCGAAUUUUACUUGCAAGGAAAACAUUUUUUUAAUGCUCCACAACUCUUUUGUGACAUGCAUGCACACCUAGAUUAAUGAACUGCAACUUCAAAAGUUUCCAACACCCUCGUAUGUAAAAUUGUUUGCAGAACCAUAAGUAUGUUUAUAGUUUUGCAUUGUAUCCACAGCAGUUUGGUUUUGGAAUCCAUCAUGGAUACAAAAAAAAAAAAAAGAUCAUGCCCAUAUUAUUAAAUGAUGGUGACAUGAAUGUCACCACCAUGUUCACAUCACCACCAUUUACCAGUGUGGCUCAUGACAAUCCAUGGUUGAUGAAAAUCUGGAUCCUGCCAAUCCAAAGGGCCAAUGUACUAACUACAUUCCUGUUUUUAUUGCCAUUGUGUUAAUGAACACUCUGCAAUUCAUUCUGGGGUGCUAACCUUUGCAUUUUGGCAUUAUUUCCAUUUUUUGCUUAACCACUCACAACAUCCCAUUAAGGGCCUAUUCACAUAUGUCCAAAAUUUAGGUGUCAUUAUCUAAAAAUUCUUUAUCUGUGAGAAAUAACAGAAUUCAUUUUUCAGAUGAGAAAAAAUUCAUGGAUUGCUGUGAGAUUUCCAGGCUGUAUGGCCAUACUCCAGAAGCAUUCUCUCCUGAAAUUUCACCCACAUCUGUGGCAGGCAUCCUCAGACAUUGUGAGGUCUAUGCCUGCCAUAGAUGUGGCCAAAACAUCAGGAGAGAAUGCUUCUGGAACAUGGCCAUACAGCCUGGAAAACUCACAGCAACCCAGUGAUUCCAGCCAUGAAAGUCUUCGACAACACAAAUUCAUGGAUGUUUUUGGGGCACUCCUACAUCAUGAGAUCAGCCAGGAUAUAAUUCUAAGUUGAAGAAAUAUGACAGAUAUAUAGACAUAUCUGUCGAGGAAAGCUAAGCUGUUACACAAGAUUGGUCAAAAUGGCAAAAGACAAGCCACGCAGUUUAAUGCUCAAGGUACAGGUACUCAUCUAAGGAGGACAACCUUUUCUGUAUGGUGAUAAAAAAUAUAUCUUUCAUGCCUAUUACAGUGCAUAUUUCACAUUGCCACCUCAAUUUCAAUGUGAUUGUUUUUAACAUAGGAAGUAGCUCGCAAUCGAACCUAGAUCAGUAGCAAUCCCUUUGUGACAUUAGCAGCAAAGGACGACGGCUCCAGUCUCUUAUCAUAGGAGCUUUAUUUUCUAUGUUCCAAAAAUUGUUGGAGUGAGUGCAACAUAGUUAAUCCAAAUUAGAUGGUCCGUAGGUAUCAGGCUAUGAAAAGGAAAGAAAAACAGUGUACUGUGUUUCAUUCCUGAUAAGUGAAUAAAGUAUUGUGGAGAAGCAAUGAGGUUAUUCACUUAUCAGGAAUCGACUGUACUGCUGGUUUGCCUGUUUUUGUUCUUCAUUCUCUGUUGUACUUUCACAACUUUGCUGUGUCCUGUUCGUUUCUUUUUUUUUCUUGCCCCCUUUUCUUCCUCUCUCUCUCUUUCCCGGUCUCCCUUUCUUUCUCCCUUCCUUCUCUCUCAAUCUUUCUCUCUUUCUCCCUCUUUCCCGCUCCCUCUUUCUCUCUCUUUCUCUCUCUUUCAAAUGCUCUAGCACAAUCACUGGGAAGUCUCCCUUCUUUUGACCAUGAAACAUGCUCUCAAAGCGGGGAACAAAAAAAAAUCUUAUCAAAAUCUAUGCACUUGCUAUCAGGAACACAAUCUCGGAUGUGUCUUAUAUCUAUUCAGUGAGUGAUUUCUUAAAAUGAAGCUACUGAAAGGAUUCUUUUUUGUCUGUAAAACUUUUCUGAGGGAUUAAAAAGCAAAGAGUUUCUAGGGUUCCGGGCUUUAUUUUUGUUGAACUGAAAAGGGAAUGAUGAUACAAAGUCUUAAAUUCCUCCAUGCCAAAUGCUUCUUUUUGUAUGGUAUUUUAAUCUAUUCGUGGAACUUGGAAAAGAAAUGGAUUUAUAGGGAAGAUGGGAGGUGGGUAUUCACAGAGCAAAAAUUUCCUGAAAGCCAAGAUUGUUGUCAAACAUGUUCCUUUUACAAUGUAAAGGCUAUAUUGAGGAGAAAGAUUAUUUUUCUUACUAAAUAUGAAGCCAUUUUGGACACCAGAGAACGGUUUAAAGUGUCUGAUGUUUGCCAUAUACCAUAAUAAACUUAUUAUGUGUCUAAA